AUGAAGCCUACAGCGAAAGUCUUUGAAUUCUUGAACUCAUACAAUUAUUAUUUACCUUAAAAUUGUGAAUAAGUAUAGAAAAUGUAAUGAUAAUUUAAAUUUCUAGGUUUUAUGAACAAAUGGUAAAACAUUUGUAAUUAGGUGAUAGUUUUAAGAAUUCUUUUAUUAGUUAAAUUUCAUAAAUUAAUCAAAAGGCAUAAAGAGAAACAGAAUUUAGAUAACUUAUACGUGAUACUUGGCUUGGAUUCAUUGAAAACACACCAAUUAAUAAUAUUUGUUAGAUGUUAAAUUCAUAAGAAAUAAAGGAUGUCUAAGACUUUAUAUUAAAAGUCUUAUUGGAGCCUAAAAGAUUUGAUAUCACUUAUGUUGAUGAAUUAUUAAUGAAUUACGAAUCUUAUUUCAAUUCUGUAUAAAGAAUUAAUAUAUAUAUUGUAGAAUAAAGGAUUAGCUUAAGUAGUUGUGAGAAAUAGAUUUAGAAUGACAGUAAGUAAAUUGAUAUGUAGUAAAUUCAUAUUAUCAUUGGAUGAAAUAUAUUAAUAAAAGGUUCGUUAGUUUCUAUUUGAUAUUUAUCUUAAAAAGAUAGAAAAGUUAGAGUAACCUGUAGUAAUUUAAACUGAAUUUUUGACAGAUUCUAAUUUCUAUUUUAAGAUGUUUGAAUAGUUAUUUGAUACAUAAUAAGAUGUGCAAGGAACAUUUUAUAAUCUAAUUAAAAAUGUGAUUACUAUUAUUGUUCGUGAUAUGUCUAAUAUUGUAUUUUCAUUAGGAAUUUUCUAAUAAUUCUAUCAACUAUAUAUUGAAAAGGAUAAGAUUCUAUUUGAAAAAUAUGAUCAAAGAUCUAAUGUUGAUUAAAAUAAAUUAGCAAAUGAGAUCUUAUAGAAGUAUAAGGAACGUGAAGAUUUAAGAGAUGCAAUAAGAUAAGUUGUUCAUAAGAUCUUUUAGACUCAAAAUAUUGAAUAUAAGAAAUUGUUAAAGGAAUUAGUAUCAAAAGAUAUAUAUAAUCGAGAGAAUGAACAAUGGGUUUGUUAGAUUUUGAGAGAAUUCGAUUAAUAAUAAAGGUAUCGUAAACCACCUUGUGAGAAUGAUUUUCAUAUUUAUUUAAGACUUCAAGGUUUUACAUUAAAAGGAGAUAAAAGAGGAGAAUCAGAAUAUGAUCAUCCUAAAUUAACUUUGAUUAUUCAUGAUCAAAAUAAUACUAAUUUUACAGUUCAUAAUAAAUUGACAAAAUAAACUAAGAGAUUUGAUUAGACAAAAGAAGUACAUCAUUAUAUACAAAGUAGUCUCUAGAAUUAUUAUAAUUGAAUAUACGUUUUUAUUAUAG